GAAAUUCGGAUCUGUGCUUGUACUGAGGGAGUGUAUUGGGAGCGUGAGUGGUGUUUAUGAAUGUUACUCAAAUAUGGCGUCUUUGGAUAGUUUGUCUGAUGGUGAGAUACGUGUUAAACUUACAGAAUUAGGAUAUCCAGUCGGUCCAAUAACAGCAACUACUAGAAAAGUGUUACUUAAAAAAUUGAAGCAUUUGUUAGAUCAGUUAAAAUCGCCGGGAAGUGAUAAAAAAGAUGUCAAGAAUCGUUCAAGUUUAUCGAGGUACAGCUCUGAGGAAGAAAGUGAAGAUGAUGUUACCGCCAGUACAAGAAGCAGGAGAUCCAUGCCGCCUCCACCUCCUAAAAGUCCACCAAAAACUGUAAAACGGAGGUCUUUAGGUAGGCGUCUACCAGAAGAAACUUUGGAGGAUAAUACUGAUACAUCUGAAUUUCAUUAUCCUUCAGCCAGCAGUACCUUCAAUUCAGAAAUCGUUACUGGUUCUCAAAAUCACAAAUAUUCCCCUAAAACGUUUUUGUCAUCAAAUUUUGGUGAUUCAGACAGUCCAGGAAACAUUAAUCGUGGAACUUUCAGCUCAUUUUCAUCAAAUUAUCAAUCUAAAUAUUUAAGUCGGAAAUCACAAGAACAUUUUGAUACUGGAUCAGACACUGAUGGUGUCGAUGAAUUAGAGAGCAAAAUUCACCGAUCACCACCCAAAACAACAUCUCCCAGCAGUUAUUCAUUCAUACCCAGUCUGAGUGGUGGCUUUUCUCAAACCAGAUCCAGAUUUCAACCACAGACAAAUUCAAAUGCCAAUGAUGGUUCAAGGUUUUCUGGAAAAAGUGGUUCAAGUAAUGAUUCAAACAGUCAUAGUUCACCAUUUAGUUCAGAUUUUGUUAAAAGGUUGGCUGCAGCGUCACAAAAUAGAUCAGGUGUCAAUGCAGGCCUACCAUCUCGACUACUUGAUGUUAAGGAAAGUGAUGAUGAAGAUGUUAAUUCCUCUCCAGCCUAUUCUAAUUACAAUACAGGCAAUAUUCGUAGCAAAACAACAUCAUCAUUGGAAGGAAAGAUUUGGAGAAAUGCAUCUACAAUAUCAAUGGUGCUGUUAUUUGUUGUUGGUGUCUUUUUCUGUGGACUCGCAGUUGUAUAUCUGAAUGUGCGUUUCAAAGAAAUUCCUAUGACUUCUACAGAUACAAAUUUACCCUUAUGUAAACUGGGUGAAAAACCUGGAGCAACUUGUGUUCUGAGCACUGAAGUUAAGCCAGCCAUGGACAUGUUCAAAGAGCUAUACCACGUUUUAAAUGACCGAGCUGUUCAGUACGCAUGUGGAAGUGGUUUGGAAACAUCAGCACUGGCUGAGGACCAGAUGACACAACUGUUGGUUGAGAAGUCUGCUGUGAGUCUGUGGGACAUUGAAAAACACUUGGGCAACAUCAAAGUUUUGAUCCGAGCUAAUCCACAGUGGGGAGUUGAAGUUAAUGGAGAUAAGUUCAAUAUUCCAUCUCCCAACCUGCCUCUUGGGUGUUACGUGCUCAGCUUAUUCUAUGGGAUUAUGGGUUCAGCUUUACGCUUAAUUGUUGUGUUGGGAGCGUUAUUGGGAGCUGGCCGAGCAGUCUACUGGUGGAUCGACCGGCAGGAGCGUAACAAGAAGGAGGUGUUCCGGAUGGUAGAAAGCAUUAUAGACAUUCUGAGUAGCCACCAGCAGAGCAGUGCUGGAGACAACUACUUGGCCAUUAGUCAUGUCCGGGACCAACUGAUCCCUCCUCAACAGCGGGAUAAAAUGGCCAGCGUUUGGAAUAAAGCAGUCGCCUACUUAGAGGAGAAUGAGUCUAGAGUGCGCACAGAGGUUCAGCAAGUGUUGGGGGAAGAGUUUCGUGUAUGGCGUUGGUUGCCUGCACCUCGCUCCAAUGGGAAGCGCAAAGUUUGGCAAGGACAGGCAUUUGAGACAAUGGAAGGAAGUGUAAAUUCUUUACCAGUUAGUCCUACACCGUGCCUCAAGAUUCGUCAUAUGUUCGAUUCAGAUGUUGAAGUUGGGGAAGACUGGAUUAUCCGUGUACAAGAUGCAAUACUGGAGAAAUGUGAAGGAGUGAAUGUACUCCAUGUAGCUGUAGACAAGAACUCUAAUGAAGGUUGUGUUUAUGUGAAAUGUGCCUCACCUCAAGACGCAGGACGUGCCUACCGGGCCCUUCAUGGAUCCUGGUUUGAUAGUAAAUUAGUCACGGUGAAAUAUCUUCGAUUGGAGAGAUACCAUGAAAGAUUCCCAGAUUCAGCUCGUUCUCUCCGACCUCUCAGGCCAUCUAAUGAUCGCAAACUUUCACUUCAGUGAUACAGGAUUCUUGGAGGGCCACAAACAAAGUGCACUUAUGCCAUCCCAAGUUAUAAUCAAAAUUUUCAAGAAAGAAAGUAUGGUUAUGUAACUAGUGUACUAUAAUUUAAACCUUGUUCUGUUAAUUUUGUAAAUCAAUUACAUAGCUUACUGUUUUAAAACUAUAAAAACCAUUUUAUGUAAAAAGUUGUUUUACCACUUUUACGUGCCUGGGUUAAUCUGUAUGAAAGAUGUUGACUAGACAAUGUAUAAAGAGACAAAGAUUUUAACUGUGCUUUAGACUUCCAUUGUUAAACCACAAAGUGUUUCUUAUUGUCUUAAGUAGUAUUUACAAGGGAUGAGUUAGAAUUUGGAGAGCAGCACUGUUAAUAUUAAAACUAGCGCCUUAUUGUUGUUCUCUCUGUUCUAUUGUUAAGUUUACAUAUUAAGUUUAAUUAUUUUGUGAAUCUACACUUAUUAACUUUUUUAAUGUGUAUAUAUUUAAGGGCUUUUAGCUUUAAAACGUUUCAAGGGUCUGGCCAUUUCUAAGAUCUUGGCAUGUAUCAUACCAACAAUAUAGAAACAAAUGUAGAAAGUACCAAAUUCUAGAAAAUAAAUGUAUAAUUUACAAAACUGUAAAAUAUUUUAUGUCUUAAGUACAGAUAAAUUAAUUCUACCUCCUCCCUUGAACUAAACCAAGGCCAAGUGACCUAUUUUGUUGAAUUAACUUAAUAUGUAUAUAAACAAUUACUAGCAUUUUUAUGUAAUUUAUUUAUUAGUUGUAGUUCCAAUUUAACUAAUUUUGUAAGUAGGCAUUUCUUGUUUAAUUUACCUUAGUUAAUUUGAGACAUAACAGUUGUAGUUUGAUUUUGUAAUAAUUGUUACUUUUUGUAGUUUGUUUCUGAAAUUCUUGUCUGUAUUUUUUAACAAUUAAACAAUUUUGGAUAAA